AGUGCCCUGGGCUCUUUGAAUAAGAAAUAUCAAAGAAAACACGGGAAGAUAAAGGAAUAAAAAUGGGCUCGCUGCUAAGGCUUGAAGCCCCACAGUGGGGAGAAUUUCACCAGAAGCCAAGCGCCUUUGAGUCACCACCAAGAUUUGCCUGAGGUGCGCUCCGCACAUCCGCCUUAGGGCUGGGAGACACGCCUUCUUCUCACACAAACCUUCCAGAUCCCGGCGUCUCUGCGGACUCAGGGGUGGUGCUACAAGUCCUGCCACAUGCAGUCUUGACGGGCAGGGGCUGGGGACCGGCAGCCGGGGGACGGAUCCAACGCCACAGGUUGGAAAAAUAAGGAUCUGUCCCGGGGAUUGUCGCCCUGUAAAGCAGAUCCUGUGCUGUUGCUGGUGUGGAAGCCUAGGAGGUCAAGGGCUUGGGACAGGGGAAGGAAACCUCUGAAAUCUGACACCCAGUUCUCUCGCAAAGGAAACUUCGCAGGCUGGCCCACCAAGACCAUCACUAUGACCGAUGGGGACUAUGAUUAUCUGAUCAAACUCCUGGCCCUUGGAGAUUCGGGGGUGGGGAAGACGACGUUUCUUUAUCGAUACACAGACAAUAAAUUCAAUCCCAAGUUCAUCACAACAGUAGGAAUAGACUUUCGGGAAAAACGCGUGGUUUAUAACACACAGGGACCAAAUGGAUCAUCAGGGAAAGCCUUUAAAGUACAUCUUCAGCUUUGGGACACUGCAGGACAAGAGCGAUUCCGGAGCCUCACCACCGCAUUUUUCAGAGACGCCAUGGGUUUCUUAUUAAUGUUUGACCUUACCAGUCAACAGAGCUUCUUAAAUGUCAGAAACUGGAUGAGCCAGCUGCAAGCAAAUGCUUAUUGUGAAAAUCCAGACAUAGUAUUAAUUGGCAACAAGGCAGACCUGCCAGACCAGAGGGAAGUCAACGAACGGCAAGCCCGGGAGCUGGCUGACAAAUACGGCAUACCAUAUUUUGAAACAAGUGCAGCAACUGGCCAGAAUGUGGAAAAAGCAGUGGAAACCCUUCUGGACUUAAUAAUGAAGCGAAUGGAACAGUGUGUAGAGAAGACGCAAGUCCCCGACGCUGUCAAUGGUGGAAACUCUGGAAAGCUAGAUGGGGAAAAGCCAGCAGAGAAAAAAUGUGCCUGCUAGAUUCUACCUAGGAACUGAUAAUCAAGAACUCUACCCAAAUAUUACUUCCCAAAACGGCAACAAACCACAAAAUUGUUGAGUAGACCAUGCGUAAUAGCAUGUCUUUCUUUUUCUGGCAGAAAAUCUGUUUUAAGAAACCAGAAUAGUCAACAGUAUUCAAAAGAAUUGACCAAUUGUCCCUGAGGCCCCUCCAAACAAGAUCAAAGAUUUCCAAAUGUGAUUGUACCAUCAUGGAUGCUCAAUUUGUUUUUCUUUUAAAGAAAUGAGUAUAUAUGAGAGUAUACAAGAAGAAAUAUCAGUGAGUUUAAAAUCAGAACAAAAAUUACGUUGUCACAUUGGGGAAAAGGAUAGGCUACUAAAAGGAGAACAUAGAAAGAUAAUUUUUUUAAAAGAUUGGAUUUACUUCUUAUAUAGAAUCUGAUUCAUACUUUUAGAUUUGCACUGGGGGAAACAUAUUAACUAAAAACGGAUACACAAUAAAGAAUUCUAAGUGGUUCAUUAAGAAUGACAUUACUAUGUACACCCAAAUAGGCUGUACUACAAUGACUAAAUUACUGGUAAGGUUAUCAGAGGAUAAAUGUCAGACUUCUGCUAAAAUGUAGGAGAUUUUGUAAUGAUGCCAUUUUUAUAUUCUUAAUAAAUGGCAGAUGGACAAGAACAGGACUGUGAAUGAUAAAGUAUAAGAAAAAUGCCCUGGGAGAAAAAUGAAAGUAUGGGAAAAUGGCAUUUGGACAACUGAAAUUGAAUGUAUCUGUUACAGAUGUCUGAAUGAGUUACUUAGCCAAAUUUCCCUCAAGCCUAUUAGAAGUUGACAUUAUGAAUUGGGAUUAAGAGUCUCCAGAGGUUUCCAUUUCAAACAAAAUUUUAGAAAUCGGUGCAGCAUUCAACUUCACAUUUCAUUUUUUUUGUAGCAAAUGGUAAUAAAUAGUCACAAGGAGAAACUAAAGAUUGCUGUUUAUUAAAUUUCUCUUUAAAAAUACAGUCAAGAAAAACUAUUUAGCCUUAAUGGUUUUUUUUUUUAGAUAAAAUAUGCUGGUGAUAUGAAACAAAAAGUGACUAUUAAUUAUGAGUUUCUUUUUAAUUUACAAAAGCACUGGAAAUUCUAAAUCACAUUUCUCCCCUCCAACCUGUACCCACUCUUGACUUUGACUCAAUAGUGAAAAUACAGGUGUGUUACUCUGUAGAUAACAACUUCAGAAUAACCAUGGAUCAAUUUUAUGGUCACUCUGAAUUUUCAUGUCAUUAAUUACAUAAAAAUUGAUGAUACCUCAUACCAUAUUACAAUAUAUUUCAGAUUUGUUUUCAUUUUGCCUAAGACAAAAUACCCAUGGUUGAACUAUAUUUGGGGGUUGGCAGGGAUGGAGCUGUAUCUUAUCUCACCAAAAAUUUGGUUGAUCGCUUUAUUUCUUCACAUAAAGCUGCCUUUCCUUUCUAAAAACGAUCACAAACGUAUUUUCUAUUGGCCUAUUCUUAUUAUCGUGUCUAAACUAAUAUUGCAUUAGGUUUUGAACUUAUUUCUGAUAAACAUAAGCUACUCCUAUUAAACUAUUAUUUAAAUACUUCAGUCAAUUUUACCAAUAACAAAGGCAUCAUACUUCAAGUUUUCUCUUUUUAUUAUGAGUAUAUGAUUUUUCUACAGGAUGGUUCCUCUUCAUUUGAAAUUUUGCCAAACUUCACUUUUCUAUACUCUCUGCAUAUUUUUUUUGUUAAGUUACACACAUUGGAAACCCUAAAUCCCAGUCUGCCCUAUAACCUCUCCCCACCAAUCUCCAUCUGGUAUAGAAUCAGUUUCAGGAACACAGAUCCAAGAGAUUGUCUAUUUAUGAUGUUCUUAGGAUGGACCAGACCCAGAGAUGUGCCAUGAACCAAGGCAAUUUGGAAG